CCAGAUCCUUCGCUUCCUUGAAAGUCUAAGCUUUAGACGAGAGCUACUAGUUGACUUCCCGAGACCGAAACUGCUGCUUUUAUCAUUUCACUGAGUGCAUGGCAUGCCUAUGCCUCAGCCUCUUCCUCUACACACUGAAUUCUCGGUCGGUUGCGGGAAUCUUGGUAGUGUACUACACAGCGAUGAUGCCGCACUGAUGUCUGGUUGAAACUUAACACUUUCAAUGUGUCUGAUCCCUUUCACGCGAUAAGGUCGGAGACUCGACUGUAAGCUUGGGAAUGCCUUGGCUAACAUGACUUGUGCUCAUGCCAGAUAUCAACGAGUGUUUGAAGCCAAACGAUUGCUCCAGGAUUGCUACAUGCGUGAACACCGAUGGGAGCUAUGAGUGUAAAUGCCCUGACAAAAUGGAAGGCGAUGGUAAAAAUCCCCAGCUGGUUCCUAAUGUUACCAAUUGCAUUUGGAUCGACCAGUGUAAUACCGGAGUCUGCUCCCCAAAGGCUCAUUGUUUUUUCAACACUACCUCUGGGGACUAUAACUGUACAUGCCAAGGUGGAACUUCCGGAGACGGGCUCGUAAAUGGAACUGGUUGCAAAGAGACUUCCAAUUUGGCCAUCAUUAUCGGCGUGAGUGUCGGUGGUGUGGUAUUCAUCAUCAUCAACAGCAUUCUUUUAUGGUGUUUCGUUCGGAGGAGGCGGCUUGCGUUCGAUCCAGCGAUUUUCUCACAGCAAGAGCUGCUGAAUGAGAUCGAGAACAAAGAGGGUGCCAAAUUCUGCAAAACCUUCACCUUCAACGAGCUUCGAGAGGCAACGAAAGACUUCUCGGUCGAGCUCGGAUCUGGAGGAUUCGGCACCGUAUUCGAAGGAACCCUGCCGGACGGAACCAAGGUGGCCGUCAAGAAGGCCAAACACGGAAUGGGCGAGACACGAAGCGAGGCGAAGCAGUUCGUCAAUGAAAUUGUCAUUCUGUUGCAAUUGAAUCACCGGAAUCUCGUGAACUUGCUGGGUUGCUGCUUGGAGACACGGGUACCCGUCCUGGUAUACGAAUUCGUCUCUAAUGGCAAUUUGGACGAACACAUCCAAAUGAAACGCGCAACGGAAGCUGAGGGAGAGGCUGACGACACUAGCGAUUUGUGUCAUCCCCCCCUCAACUGGACUUUACGGUUGAAGAUAGCCAUUGAGACAGCGGAGGGUUUAUCAUAUCUCCACUGGGGGACGUCUCCACCCGUUUACCAUCGAGAUGUCAAGUGCGCCAAUAUUCUUCUGGAUAACGCUUACAACGUCAAAGUCGCUGAUUUUGGUUUGUCGAAACUCGUCCCCCCCGAGGACACAGCUGCAUAUGCGGUCCCAACUGCAAUACAAGGUACUCCUGGCUAUAUGGACCCAGGGCUUUUGGACCAGUACGAGUUAACGGACAAAUCAGAUGUAUACAGUUACGGUGUACUGCUACUCGUCAUUCUCACCGGGCAGAGACCAGUGGAUCUUCGGAGACAGCCUAGGGAUCAAAAUCUUGUCAACAGAUGCAAUCGUUUGAUGACUCAGGGUCUUUUCGCGGAUAUCAUUGAUCCAAUAUUAUCAGAGGCCGCGGAGAGUCCAUACACCCUGGAAGCCAUGGAUGCUGUUGCCAAGCUUGCAAUGAAGUGUGUAAGCAGAGAUGGCCACGAUAGGCCAACCAUGAAAGAAGUGGUGUCGGAGUUACACACUAUUCACCGAAAGACACAGACGUCAGUUUCAAAAAUGGUUAAGAGUCUGGAGGAGAAGUUUAACUUUUCAGAAGAGUACACUUUGGUUCCACUUGCUGAUGGACAAUGGCACAAGUCCUACGACAUAUCUACCUCAAUCUACGCCGUAGGCCGGUAGGUGGUCGGAAAUUGAGAGUUGGCAGCAGUCAGUGUGUUUGAACUGUCGAAGCAAGAAAGAAACCCGUCCCAUGAAAAUUCUUGAGUAUGGGAUCCUUUUAUUGUAUCAUUAGGGACCUGUAAACUAAGAGAGCAUACGAUGAUUCGAAGUAUUAACAAUCGUUCGAUCAGGUUGAUUAUCGAUCGGUUCCUGGAUCCUUUUCCGGGCCUGUAGCUGCAGUUUUUUUUAGUGUCUUGCUUGGGUAUUCAUCCUUUUCUAGAGUAGAGAAAGAAACAUCAUCUUGUCUUCCAGAAGUUUGUCAUGGGAUGGAAAAGCACCUUUGGUUUCAGAUUAGAGAGUCCAAACUGUUAGUCUUGUUUUUCCUCAUCAGAAUCUAUUGUAAAUACUUAGUUUAAC